AAACAAGAGACGGAGGAUUGCGUUAGCGACAGACCAGUUCACGCCGGAGCCGCGGCUAGCAGCGUCGCGGUCGGACUCGGCCGCUGCGCGGUACUCUGAGGAAAAGCUACCGCCAGGUGGACGCGCCGCCGCCGCCGCAGCAGCAGCAUCAUGGGGAAGGGCGACCCCAACAAGCCGCGGGGCAAGAUGUCCUCGUACGCCUUCUUCGUGCAGACCUGCCGGGAGGAGCACAAGAAGAAACACCCCGACUCCUCGGUCAACUUCGCCGAGUUCUCCAAGAAAUGUUCCGAGAGAUGGAAGACCAUGUCUGCCAAGGAAAAAUCCAAGUUUGAAGAUAUGGCAAAAAGUGACAAAGCUCGCUAUGACAGGGAGAUGAAGAAUUAUGUUCCUCCCAAAGGUGACAAGAAGGGAAAGAAAAAAGAUCCCAAUGCGCCUAAAAGGCCUCCAUCUGCCUUCUUCCUGUUUUGCUCCGAACAUCGCCCGAAGAUCAAGAGCGAACACCCUGGCUUAUCCAUUGGCGAUACUGCCAAAAAAGAAGAGGAGGAAGAAGAUGAAGAUGAGGAGGAAGAGGAUGAAGAUGAGGAAUAA